CGCCGCCGCCGCCACCGCGCCCGGGGGCCAUGCUCCCGCCACCCCCGCGCCAGCCGCCGCCCCAGGCGCGUGCGGCCCGCGGUGCGGUGCGCCUGCAGCGGGCCUUCCUGCGCGGCCCGCUGGGCGUGCUGCGACUGCUGCAGCUGGUGACCGGCGCCUCCUUCUGGAUCACCAUCGCCACCAGCAGGUACCAGGGUCCUGUGCACUUCGCGUUGUUCGUGUCCGUGCUCUUCUGGCUGUUGACCCUGGGCCUCUACUUUCUCACGCUGCUGGGCAAGCACGAGCUGGUGCCAGUGCUGGGCUCGCGCUGGCUCGUGGUCAACGUGGCGCACGACCUGCUGGCAGCUGCGCUCUAUGGCGCCGCGACAGCCAUCAUGAUCGACCAGACGCAGAAGCACAGCUACUGCAACCUCAAGGAUUACCAGAUGCCCUGCGCCUACCAUGCCUUCCUGGCUGCUGCGGUCUGUGGCGGCCUCUGCCUGGGCCUCUACCUGCUCUCGGCGCUUUACGGCUGCUGCCGCCGCUGCCAGGGCGAACAGGAGGUGGCGUGAGGACGCCCCGCCGCGGGGCGGGGGACCCUGAAGAGACCAGCGCCCCAGCCCUUUCUGCCGCCCCGCGCCUUACGCUCUGGCGCCCUCCCUUGCUCUGCGUUCCCGCCGCCGCCCGCGCCCAGGCACCCUGACACGCAGUUCCCGCCAGAGGGCAGCGCCACCGCCCAGGGUCCGGACCACAGUGCGGGAUGCGCCGUCUCCAGGAACCCGGGCAGGGCUACAUCCGCAGGACGGACGCACACUCAGACUGGCCCAACGGAGGCGAGACCUCGCGAUUCCUCUUCCCCUUUCCUGCUGAGAUCGAGACGUGGACAGGCGCCGCGUAGAUCCGGGGGAGGCUCCCAAAUUGUUAGCAGUCUUCUGGCUGCGCCCCUAGCCCCCUCCCGGCCGUCCCGCAGUGGGAAGAACACUCUGGCCCCUUUCUCUGGCCCCUCUUCCAGCCCUGAGUGCUGUAAAAGACAAGCAGGCAGCAGCGAGUGGAGCUGGGGACAGGCCUCCACUGGUCCCGGAAUGAGUUUGGUUUUAGUUUGGGAUUUUGCGGGCAGCCUGUGCAGCCUUUCCCGGCCCAUCCCUCGGUGCUUUGAUGUCCUGAGGUGGGGCCUAUCUCCAAAGGUGAGGAUGGAUGGUGAGGGCCUGUGGGCUCUAUUCUGGCGUCUGCCUGCUCCGCCUUUGUCUUCGAGGUUCGCGGAGGCCAGGCCCAAACGCACACUAGUUUCCCAGCCUUCCUGUCACAGGCUUCUGCUCCAUUCCCACCUCCCAAUAACUUCUUUGUAUUAGGGAUCCCACCCGACCUCCAGGGAAUGUUAGUUAGGGUGAGCCCCAUUCAAUUUUACAGAUGGAGCCCUAAAGCUUGCUCGGAAGAAAAGCCAGAAUAACAGGAGAGCCCCAUCUCCCAACUCCCAGUCCAGCGCUGUUUACGUGAAGGCAGUGGUGUCUCCUGGGACCGUGCCUCGGGAGUUACCCUCUAAAAGGGGCUUUCCAGGCCACAGGGGUUUGUCAAAGGUGCUGCUUCUCCUUCUUGGAGAGUCAUUAGCAUAGCAAAGGCUCUGAGAAGUCCUGCUGUAAAACAAGACAGUAGUUAAGUGUUUACUGCCUCUGGGCCUGGACCAGAUUUUGCCACCUUAGGGGACCUUGCUGCCCUGGCUCUCAUUUCUUCCAAGGGGUCCAGCCCAUAGGCUAUGGUUUGUCCGAAGGUUUGGGGUGCUCUCUUUCCCAGCAACUUUCUCUAGCAGAGGGAGUGCCCAUCCCAUGAGGGAAAAUAGCUGCUCCCCACAGACCGUCGAGAGGCCUGGGAACUGGUGGAUGUGAACGUUCCUUUACAUUGUUUGGGAAAUGAAGUCAAAGUUAUCCAGAUGGUUUCCCAGUCUAAAGGAAUGUCACCUGUGAGAGAUCCUGGCAUUGACCUCCGGUCACACCGAUGACAGAAGGAAGCUCUCUGGAGCUGGGUGAACAGCUGGCCCACCGCUGUAAGGUUUCCAUGUCGUAGGCACCGUGGAGAUUCCCAGGGCCUGCUUCCUUGGAUGGGCAGUACCAUUCCAGCCUGUAUCAGCACAGGUUUUGUAGUGGGAAGAGGGAAGGAUCGGUUUCUCAUCAACACCAUCCAGUUGACGAGCCAAGACGGGUGAAGAUUUGUUUUGCCUCAGCAUAAGAAAAAUCCUGAUUCUCUUUGUGCUGUGACUUGGACACGAGAUUCCAAAUACCUGGAACUGAGCUGCGUGCCUCUGUACCUUAAACAAUGGGUUUUGGCUCCAACUUUUGUUCCUUUUCUCUUUUUUUUCAGACCACCAUCUAAGCUGCAUCCGCAGCUCAGAUCCAGGCCCCUGAGGAUAUCUUCUUAGUGCCCCCAGCCCAUGGUGCUUUGUCUGUGGUCAGGUGACCUUACUCAGGAGCAGAUUCCUCCUUGGUCUUCUUGGUACCUUAUUCAUCCAGAUGUGCCUGAAACAUUCCAGUGCUUACUGGCUCUUCUAGAUGUGCCUUCUGCUUGGCCUCCAGCUGCUUCUCCAGACGUGAGAAGGAUAUGUAAGAUGGCCCUGCACCCAUCUCCUCCUCUCCCUCGCAGCCCUGUGCCAAAGGGACGGCCACCUGACCUGGUCCAGAAGUUUUGAAUACUGGAGGCAGUUCCAUUGGCCUUUCUCUCUGGACUCCAGGACUCAGUCUGGCCCAAGACCACUGUGGGCUGCUCCCAGUGCAAGGUCUAGGAUCCCUUGCAGACCCAGGAGAGGAUUUUUCCAGCAUUCUGCAAAGACCAAAAGAAAGGGUGGGAGUAGGAGGGGUGAUGGCUGGUAGGGAGAGGGGACCAAAGUGCCUCAUUUAAGAGUUGAGUGGUGAUUACU